AACACAGACAGAUGGAGAGAGGGGAGAGGAGAAGGCAGAGAGGCGAAUGGCUCUUCUAAGUACGUACUUCACCUCCGUUUUCAAAAACCUAAUCUUAUUUCAUUCAGUCUCUCGUAGAGAGCUCGACAGAGGAGGUUCGUUCGCAAUACCCGAGAAUUUCGCCAACUACCCGGACUGAUAUUCUAUUUGUUUAUCAUUAUUUUUUUUUGUGUGAGUGAGCGCGCGUGUGUGUCAUUUCCACAGAUUACACCUUGAUUCUGUGUAAAUCAAACCAUUUUUUUUCUUCUUAUAUUACAACAACACACGAUCCACGCGCGAACACUUCACACAUCUAUCUAUCUAUCUAUCUACCUCUAUCUAUCUAUCUAUCUAUCUACCUCUAUCUAUCUAUCUAUCUAUCUAUCUAUCUAUCUAUCUAUCUAUCUAUCUAUCUAUCUAUCUAUCUAUCUAUCUACCUCUAUCUAUCUAUCUAAUCUAUCUACCUCUAUCUAUCUGUCUGUCUGUCUUUCAACGGUGUUGGAAUGCGUGAGUCUUGUACAGACGGCAAGACGAAUCUACAGAACUUGGAAUUUUGCGCACUUAAGAGACUACUGGAGGAAAAUUACAAGACGACAUCAUAUGCAGCGUCAUCGUUGGAUUGGUCAAUGAAAAGAAGUCUAAAGUUCCUUUGAAGAUCUUCUGCCAGUCAAAACUUGGAAUUGUUUAAAAAGACAAAAAAAGAGACCAAAUAGAAGCAAAAUAUAAAACCGGAUCAAUUUGCCGAAACGAAAUAUAAAACGAAAGAAAACAUAUCAUUGUAUACCUCUAUAUUUACAUAUGAUCAAGUGAAAAGGGAUUUUACAAAAGACAAGAUUCUGUAUUACUCUAUAAACAACAUACGUGUAUAUACGCACCCCUACGAAAUAUUGACACGGACAUAAGAAAAAUAUGUACCAACCAACGAACCAGCCAGUCAACCAGCCAAAAGACACACAUUGAAUUACAAAACGUACACAUACUUUAUAUAAUAAACAUACGCCAUAGUCACACACUACAGAUAUAUAUAUUUAUGUUUAUAUAUAUGUGUGUUCCUGCCUUCGAUUUCCUCUUAUAAAUCAAUCGCACGGCUAUAAUAAUCGAUAACUUGUUAAUUAUAAAUUAUCAUUUAUUCGACAAUUUUUUUUCUACUGCCGACAUUCGUUGCUGUUGUGAGUUGAACUGCUUAUAUUUACAAAUAAUUUACAACAACUUCAACUAUUGUUACCACUGUUCUCAUUAAUCAAUCAUUACUAUUAUUAUUGUUAUUAUUAUUACGACUACUAAAUGUUGUUGACGGUCUAAGAUAUUUAGAUUAAUAAACCGGUUACUGGAAAUACCCGGGGUGAAAUCAAAGUAAAGAGGUGGGUGUGUAUAGCAUAUUUAAUUCUUUUUUUUUUCAAUGAAAUCUUAGUUGAUAUAUAUAUAUAUAUAUGUAGUUUGGCCUCUUUUUAUUUUGGGGUUGUAAAGGGAACGUUUAUUGCGUGUGGGUUUUAUAUUACCAAGUUAGCUAGCUUGUAGUGAUAGUGGUAGUUGUUUGGUGUUGUAGUUGUUGUUGUUGGUUGUUGGUUCUGCUGUAGCGGUGGCGGUUGAAGUAGGGGAGGGUUGUGUGUGUGGAUGUGAGUGUGAAAGAAGCGUGGGUGGUGGUGCUGUGUGCAGAAGAAUGCCUCCACAGGCAACUAUGGAUCAACAGCAGAGCAGUAACUUAUUCUCCGUAAAACGCGGUGGCGGCGGCGGUGGUGGCGGUGGACCGAGCAGUGGUAUUAGUGGCAGUAGUGGUGUUAGCGGUAGCAGCGGUGGGGGUGGGGGUGGUGGGGGUGGUAGCAGUAGUGGUGGUGGUGGUGGUGGCGGUGGUGGUGGUGCUGGUGGUAGUAGCAGCGGAGUGUCUUCGUUACCAUCGCCCUCCUUUUCGGCGUCUACAUCCGACUACGGAAAUGGCGCCUCUUCUUCUUCUUCUUCUUCAUCAGCGUCAUCAUCAUCAACAUCGUCAGCAUCGAUCAUGCCAUCGCCCUUAGAACACCGCCUACACCUUCCACAUCAACACCAACAACAUCAACAACACUCACAGCAACAACAGCAACAACAACAACAAGCAGAAGAUGGACAAGACCAACAGGGUCAACAGCCCCCCAAAGUAAAGUGUGUGCUGGUUGGCGACGGUGCUAUAGGCAAAACCAGUUUAAUUGUUAGUUACACGACAAAUGGAUAUCCAACGGAAUACGUACCAACAGCAUUCGAUAACUAUUCAGGUAAGA